AAUGGAUGUUCUUAUAAUCACGAUAAUGAAUUUAUCUCACACAACUCCUUGCAAAAAAAAACAAUCUUUUGGAGGGUAAAAAUUGAAUUAACUUACGUUUCUUGAAGUUGCACAAUCUUGCAGAUCAAUUUUUUUUAUCUGUGAAGUGCGGGUUGAAUAAAUAUAUCCUAUGCUUUGCAGGCUUUCUCCUUUUUCUUAUUUUUGAUGGCACUGACGAUCUUCAAACAGAUUAAUUGGUUCAUUUCGUUCUUACCAUUUCUACCAGUUACCUUGUUUUUAGCAAUCAUCAGUGACUAGAUCGAAUUACAUACAUAUAGUAUUACAUUUCUAGUCAUUCUUUUUAGCUCCGAGCAUAUUCUUUUCCGGAUUUUGUUCAAUAUUUUACGCCUAAUUCUGUACUGCUGUUUCUUUUAUUUUCUGUUCAGGUGUCAAAUAGGUAUUAUAUGACUGUUAAAAUAGACGAACAGGAUUUUGUGAUGUUUGCUGUUGGAACAUAGUACUAAAAGAAAUUAUAAAAGGGAACUUUCUUCCUUACAUUCAAUGAAGUUUCUAUAAUCUAAUAAAAUUACCGACUUAUAUCAUAUUUCAUUUGUGUUUAUUUUUGCCCGAAAACUGAAAAAGUUUUACAUUCGUAUUUUCAGUAGAAUCAAUUUCUUGCUGCAAAAGUUUUCAGAAAAAAAUAUUAUUUAUUAUUUUAUGCAGCAAAACUUAGCGCUCCCAAAUUAGAAAUUCCUGUAAUUCUGGAUUGCAGCUACUAUUUUUUUAUCGUCCAUGAUUGUUGAUAAUCGAUAACGUAUCUCGACCACAGGUAGCUUCGAUCCUCUGACCCUUAGCUUGACAUACAACUGCACAACCAUGGGCGAAACAGCUGAAGCCGAUGGCGGCACCACAUCGCAACAACAGCCCAAAUCUAUGGGAAAGAAAAUUCUAGAAUUUUUCCUCAAUGAUUUACUUUUAUAUCUGACAAUCUUAGCGGUUCUGAUGGGGGCGCUCGUGGGUUUUAUCCUUAGAACGUAUGAGCCGGAGCCCUACACGAUUUACGUUCUGAAGUUUCCGGGAGAAAUUAUGCUUAGAAUGCUGAAGAUGCUGAUUUUGCCACUCAUCACUUGCAGUUUGAUCUCCGGAGUAACUGCCCUGGACUCUGAAGCGAGUGGGAAGAUGGGUUCCAAGGCACUCCUCUACUACUUUAGCACCACCAUCAUGGCCACAAUUCUGGGUCUGAUCAUGGUCAUAGUCAUCCACCCGGGGGACCCGAAGGCCAACCCAAAGGACCAGUUCACGGAGAAGCCAGACGCAUUUAAGGGAAACACCAUCGACGCACUAUUCGACCUCGUCAGAAACAUGUUUCCGGACAAUCUGGUGCAGGCGUGUUUCCAGCAGGCGAGGACCAGCUUCAAGGCUGUGGAAGUGAACGACAGCAAGACAGGAGAGGUGACUACAGUCUACCAGCAGAGUGGAGUGGAGUACGCCAAUGGCAUGAAUGUCUUAGGUCUGAUCACGUUCUGCAUCUGCAUCGGGGUGGUGAUGACUAAGAUGAAGGAGGUGUCCCAACCCCUCAUCACCCUUAUCUCCGCCCUGAACGACAUGAUCAUGAAGCUAGUCCUCUUCUUCAUGUGGUACUCCCCCGUGGGUAUUUUCUUCCUGAUCGUCUCCAAUAUCCUGACUAUCAAAGACCUCGCCUCCACCGGAAAAGUGAUGGGCAUGUUCAUAUUCACAGUCAUAGCAGGUCUUUCGGUUCACUUUUGUGUGACGCUGGUGGGUCUGUACUUCGCGUUCACUAGGAAGAACCCCCUCGUCUUCAUCCGCAACAUGCUCCCGGCCAUGAUGACGGCAUUCGGAACUGCAUCCAGCACUGCGACUCUGCCUCUGACGUUCCACUGUCUGGAGGAGAAGAACAAGAUAGACGCCAGAGUGACCAGAUUCGUCAUCCCCAUCGGGGCCACUGUGAACAUGGACGGCACUGCGCUCUACGAGGCACUCACUGCAAUAUUCAUCGCACAGCUGAACGACAUAGACAUGAACUUGGGCAACAUGCUGACCAUCUGCAUCACGAGUAUUGCGGCGAGUGUGGGCGCAGCCAGUAUUCCCUCUGCUGGACUGGUGACCAUGAUACUGGUGUUCACUGCUGUUGGUCUGCCCACCGAACAGAUAUCCCUCAUCUACACCAUCGACUGGUUCCUAGAUCGGUUCCGAACAAUGAUCAACGUGAUGGGUGACUCAUUUGGAGCAGCCAUCGUCUACGAGAUGUCCAAAGCCGAACUAGAGGGCACAGAACCGAAAGACAACAAAGUCGACUUCCCCAAAUUACCCAUACAGGCAGAGGAGAACAUUGCGGACGAGCAAGUUUGAGAAGAUACUAAGAACGAGAGAAUCACAGAACUAUUGAUCAUGAACAGUUAGAAAAAUUCGUUUGUAAUAUGAAAUUAUAAAUGGUUUUUGUAAAGGUCAUUGGGCGGGAUUUGUUCGUUAUUAUUUUUUCUUUGUUAUUAUUUUUUUCUAACCUUUUCUCAACAAAAAUUUGAAAUUCGCUUUAGUAGUACCAAAAAUUGAAGUUAUACAAACUUUUUGAAGAAAUGAACGAACAAACUCUUAACAAAUAAUCAUUAUGAGAGUAAUAAAUUUGAUUUAUUUGAUUUUUUUAUGUUAGCAUCCUUUUCUGAAAUGUUUGUUAGCUUUUUGGUGAGAUUUAGUAAAUUUAUAACGGUUAUCAUAAUUAUUUGUUUAUAAUCAAAAGAUCAUUUGUAUGGUAAAAUUUAAUCCAAUAAUUGUCUCUGCAUAAUCUCUUCAUCUAUGAUGGACAAAAAUCAUAGUUAUUUUCCUAGAAAAAGCAUGAAUGAAAUAUAGGUAAUACCAAUUUGUUACAAAUCAAAAAAGAUUUUUUUUUCAGAUUGGUCAUUUUGAAAAAAUAUAUAUCCGUAUUCUAGGGACGCAGCUAUCAUUUGUGUACCCGCCGUUUAAUUUUUAGUAACCAAAAAAACUGAAGUUUAUUUAUGGCCUAGUUUGUAUUUGGAUACAUUAGAAUCAAAGCUCUCGCAACAAUUUGGUUUUAGAUUCUUCAAAAUCGUUGUAGUAGAUUGCUAAAUGUUUGUUUGUAUUACGAUUCAAAUCGUAGUUGUUUCAAUUUACAUAAAAUAUUGAAUUUUAUUAAUAAUUAUUUUUUGAAGUUUGAGGUUCAAUUUACUCAUUGAGGUUCAA